AUGGUUGUAGUAGUUCUUGUUGUGGUGGUGAUGGUUGUAGUAGUUCUUGUGGUGGUGAUGGUUGUAGUAGUGCUUGUUGUGGUGGUGAUGGUUGUAGUAGUUCUUGUUGUGGUGGUGAUAGUUGUAGUAGUGCUUGUUGUGGUGGUGAUGGUUGUAGUAGUGCUUGUUGUGGUGGUGAUGGUUGUAGUAGUGCUUGUUGUGGUGGUGAUGUUUGUAGUAGUUCUUGUUGUGGUGUUGAUGGUUGUAGUAGUUCUUGUUGUGAUGAUGAUGGUUGUAGUAGCUCUUGUUGUGGUGUUGAUGGUUGUAGUAGUUCUUGUUGUGAUGAUGAUGGUUGUAGUAGUUCUUGUUGUAGUGUUGAUGGUUGUAGUAGUGCUUGUUGUGGUGGUGAUGGUUGUAGUAGUGCUUGUUGUGGUGGUGAUGGUUGUAGUAGUUCUUGUUGUGGUGGUGAUGGUUGUAGUAGUUCUUGUUGUGGUGGUGAUGGUUGUAGUAGUGCUUGUUGUGGUGGUGAUGGUUGUAGUAGUGCUUGUUGUGGUGGUGAUGGUUGUAGUAGUGCUUGUUGUGGUGGUGAUGGUUGUAGUAGUUCUUGUGGUGGUGAUGGUUGUAGUAGUUCUUGUUGUGGUGUUGAUGGUUGUAGUAGUUCUUGUUGUGGUGUUGAUGGUUGUAGUAGUUCUUGUGGUGGUGGUGGUUUGGUGUUGUAGUAGUUUCUUGUUGUGGUGGUGA